CCCAACACAUUUUUUUUCAGACUACAUAUACACACGUUUUGGAACUCUUUUUAUUGUUUUUCUCGAUGAGUCCAGAAGAAAAUGAUUUUAAAUAAAAACAAAAACCAAAGCAAGGUGAUGCCCAAUCUAAAUGUAAAAAGUGAUAUGGUUUUGACAGAGGAGGAAAUUAAAAAAUACAACGGUAAAGUGCUGGCAUUACAUCGACUUUUAUCGAAUAAGAAAUAUCGCAAACUGGAUGAAAACGUUGACUAUAUAGAAUUUGUGCAAAAAGGGUUUAUGUAUCUUUUAUCAAUUGGAAGACAGGAGUACAAUAAGACGGACAAAGCGAAAUGCGAUUUUUUGAUCAGGAGAAUUCGAAUCGUUGAAGAUGCAUUAAUUAGAACCAUUAUUUUGGGCGAAGACUUCACAAAAAUCAUUGCACAAUCGGAGCACCUCCUGGAACGAUUUUUCCCCAAAAUUUUAUUUUAAUCAUAUUUACUAACAAAAGUUCACUUAGAAACCGUGUAUAAAAAUUUAUUCAUUA